CAGUCCAAGACGGUCUGUCGCAUGGAUUGCCGGUACUGCUCUGCAGUAGUGUGCUUGCGAGGAAUGAAAGCCAUGCUGCUGGCCGACACCUCGGUGGAGCUCUACUCAACAGAUCAUCCUCCAGGCUCGGUCCAAUUAAUCGAAAGGGAUUACUCCACCUCCAAUUGCCGGUGCAAGAUCAGAGAUGUCGCCUGCCGCGUCUGCGGAAACGUGGUUGGAUACCACAUCACUCAGCCCUGCCAGCAAUGCCUUAAGGCGCCCAACAACGGCCACUUUUGGAUGUUUCACACAGAGGGUGUCAUUGGACAGGAGCGA